AAUGAAGAUGGUUUAAUCUGGGACUGAAAUGAGUGGUAAUUGUGUCAGAAUGGUAAGAAAAGAAAGAAAAUGAAACAGAUAUUAGGGUUUGAACAGAAAGGUACGGGUCCUAAAGAGAAAUGGAGCUACCAGUCAUGCAUGAUGCGGUGUAAGAAACAAGAAUAAUAAGGUUAGGUCUUGCUGAUAUUUCCUAGAUCAUAAUUGAAAAACGGGUAGAGAGCGGAAAAGUACUGCUUUGAGUGUAGUUUUGAAUGGAGGAUUGAUAAAGACUAGAGGACCCAAUGGGACCAGAAAGGCAAAAGGGUGGGCCUCAGAAAAUCAUUUUGGUAAAAUUUAAAGCAUGAUUAAUUACAGUACCAGAGACAGACAGAGAGAGAGAGAGGUAUAUAUGAAUGUAAGCAAAGAAGGGUAGAGUGGGGAACGAUAUAUAAAGAAGGGUAGGCUUAUAUAAAGAAGGAUAGGAUGUUGGGGUCUGCCUUCUUAUAGAGCUGGGAAAGAGAGAGAAAAAGGAGAAAGUUUUAAGUCUGUAACUGCAAUUGGUGAGUAGUUGAUAAUGGAAGAACAUCUCAGCCCAUUAGCUGUGACUCAUCUCCUUCAACACACCCUGCGAAGCUUGUGUAUUCAUGAAAACUCUCAAUGGCUUUAUGCUGUCUUUUGGAGGAUCUUGCCAAGGAAUUACCCACCACCCAAAUGGGAUGGUCAAGGAGCUUACGACAGGUCAAGAGGAAACAGAAGAAACUGGAUAUUGGUUUGGGAAGAUGGUUUCUGCAACUUUUCUGCAUCGGCUGCAGAGAUCAACUCUAGUGAUUGUCCAAGUUCAUCUGUUUAUGGAAACUGCGAAUUUCAACCCUAUCGAGGGCUUCAACCAGAGCUCUUCUUCAAGAUGUCCCAUGAAAUCUACAAUUACGGAGAAGGAUUGAUUGGUAAAGUAGCUGCUGAUCAUAGUCACAAGUGGAUACACAAAGAACCUAAUGAUCAAGAAAUCAACUUCUUGUCAUCCUGGCACAACUCAGCUGAUUCGCAUCCUAGGACAUGGGAAGCCCAGUUCCAAUCUGGUAUAAAGACCAUAGCCCUGAUUGCUGUUAGGGAAGGUGUUGUCCAACUAGGAGCUGUCCACAAGGUUAUUGAAGACCUGAGCUAUGUAGUUCUACUAAGAAAGAAACUCAGCUACAUAGAAAGCAUUCCUGGAGUUCUCUUGCCACACCCUUCAUCAUCUGCAUUCCCUUACAAGGUGAAUGGAUAUGGCACACCAGAAACAUGGCACUAUCAGGGCAUUAUUGCACCACCAACAGAGUUCUGUGACCACUUCAACCAAGUCCCGUUCAAGAUAACACCCUCCAUGAGCAGCCUUGAAGCCCUACUCUCCAAGCUCCCAUCAGUGGUGCCACCUCAACAGCCAGGUCCAGGCUACUGUACUGAGUCGCAGCCACAGUCAGAGUCGCCGUACCUCUCCAUCCAAAGAGAUGCAGAGUACAUGGGCAUGGAGAAGGUGGCUAAGGAGGAGAUUGAUGAAGAUUAUAGAGGGGAACAUGACACAGGGGAGAGUAGCAGUUCAAUGUCAGCUUAUCAUAGACAGCAAUUUCAACACCAGCACCACCAAGAUUUGAAUGUUAGUAGUAGCAGACCCAACAACGCGUACUUUGAGUGAAGGCGAUUUGGGUAUGUACGUAGGAAUGAGAAUUGAUUUCUAGGGUCUAGCGUUGUAAGGUAUUUAGUUUCAGUUUCAUUUGAUGUUUCAACUGAGGUUUUAGGUAACUUAGCUUUGGUUGUGGAAGCUAUGCUAGUCGUAGAUUUUUUCUGGAUUAAUUCCUAGUAUAUAUGAAUAUGAUACAUUACGGAUAUGCCCAAUUGCACAAGUAUUUGAUAUAAUUAA